CUUUGAUUAGAUGCCACGUUGUCACAACCUCCUCCCUUUUUGUUACCCACAAUAAGCAAAAUUUGAUUUGUUCGGUUCCGACACAGCAGCAAGCACAAAGAAAAAUGUCGAGAUAAUCAUUGCUGAACAAACUGGUGCUUUGAUGGCUGAAUGACAGGGAGUGCUGAGGUGAUGAUUCUAAACAAGGAAGUACCUGAAAUUGUUCUGAAAGCUCAAGUACACUAGAUUUGAAUUCGCAUGUAUUAACUUCCCAGACAAUGAGGAUCGCAGAUGCUGACCAAGUUUCUCUGCAUUUGGAGCACUUCAGUAUCUAAGGAGUUGCAAAAUGCUUUGAUACGUGGUGUAGUGGUCCUGCUGGUCAUUGGCCUGACAUUGUUCCUUGCAAAUAAACUGAUGAAUUCUUCAGAAAAACAGAGUGAUUCAAAACAAUUAACAGAGUCAAAAGUUAAGCCCCCGUGUGGAAUGGAAACACGUUGCACUGCAAACCAUUUCCCAUUUAAAAUCAUUAGUGGGGCAGCUAAUAUUGUUGGACCCCACAUUUGUAUCAAUGAUAAACCAAUCAUGAGCAGUAUAAAGAAUAACAUUGGAAAGGGAUUAAAUAUUGCUUUAGUUAAUGCUUCAUCUGGUGAUCUAAUAGCAACUGACUUUUUUGACAUGUGGACUGGAGAUAUCAAGUUGCUGGUGAAUUUCUUACAUAAGGUUAAACCUGGGACUAUUGUUCUACUUGCUUCUUUUGAUGAACCGGCAACAAAGUUUACUGAUGAAGCAAGAACACUUUUUAGUGAGCUAGGAAGUUCCUUAGUUCAUGAUGUGAAAUUUCGGGACAAUUGGAUUUUUGUUGGAGCAAAACCAAUUAAGGAGAAAAGUCCAUUUGAACAGAUCCUGAAGAAUGAGAAAUCAAAGAACAAAUACGGACAAUGGCCUGAAGCAAUCGAAAUGGAGGGUUGCAUACCAAGAAAGAUGGAUUAACUGCAAUUUAUAAAAUUUUAUUUUUACAUUUCUUUAAAAACACUAUAUUGGUUCUUUAUUCCCAAAACAAUAAUGAUCAAUUUAAUAUUUUUACCCUCUUCAAAUUCAUUAUUGUUACCAAGUAAAGCUUCAAUUUCCAUUUACCUUACCAGGUAAGGUAUACAUAUUUGAAGGCUGUUGCAGCACAGUGGUAGUGUCCCUAUCUAUGUGUCAGGAUGCCUGGGUUCAAGUCCCACCUACUCCGGAGUUGUAUAAUACCAUCUGUUAGCAGGUUCAUAAGAAAGUCAGAAAUGAACCUACUGGUAAUUAGAUUACAACAUAAUCAUGGUAUUUGAAAGAAACUCACUGUUGUCAUUAUUUCAGUCUGGGGUUAAUUUUUGCUUAAACCAAUGCUAAAGAGACCAGAAACUCAAUUUAUUGCUUCAACUUGCAUUUAACGUUCCAUGAUCUUUUACAUUGGUUCAGCUAGUUUCUCCCUAAUGGCACUGGUCAAACUACUGGAAAUUCUAACAGUGUACAUUUUUUUAUGUUUUGUAUUUCUUGCAAAUCCUUGAUUCAUUUAUGCACUUACGUCUCAUUAAAAUUUAGUUUGUCCAACAUCAAAAA